AUGAGGUCCGUCUUCCUCCUCGCACUCGCACCCAUCGGCGGAGCCCUUGCGCUCUGGCCCCUCCCCCGCUCUCUCUCGACCGGCAACUCCACCUUGAAGCUCUCCUCUGGCUUCAGCAUUCACCUCAAGGUCCCGAAUGCCCCAUCCGACCUCACCGACGCUGUGUCGCGCACAACGUCCUUCCUGGGGAACGACCAGCUCGCGCCGCUGACUCCGGACCGCGGCUCUUCGGAUGCUGGUGAUAUCAAGAAGGCCACGUCUCUGAGCGCACUCGAAGUCUCCCUCGCUCCUGGGGCCGUCGUGCGGAGCAUUACCGAGGAGGCGAGGUUGCCCGUUGGAUCAAGGAGCGAAGAAUAUCAGUUGAACAUACCUGCGGACGGCUCUGCGGCCACCCUCACAGCAAACUCAACCCUGGGCCUUCUCCGAGGUCUUACCACGUUCAGUCAGGCAUUCUACACGGUGUCGGGGCAGGUAUACACUGCGGAAGCACCUAUCUCAGUCGUGGACUCGCCAGCCUACCCUUGGAGAGGUUUCAUGCUCGACACUGCACGCAACUUCUUUCCAGUCUCUGAUAUCAAACGUACUUUGGACGCCAUGAGCAUGGUGAAGCUCAACCAAUUCCACUGGCAUGUGGUCGACAGUCAAAGCUUCCCACUCGAGAUACCAGGCUUCACGGAUCUCGCAAGCAAGGGGGCGUAUGACGCGUCGAGUGUCUAUAGCACAAGUGACGUACGAGACAUUGUUGAUUAUGCCGGCGCUCGUGGCAUCGAUGUCAUGGUCGAAAUCGACACUCCAGGCCACACGGCGGCCAUUGCCACCGCGCAACCAGAGCAUAUCGCAUGCUACAAGUGGACCACAUUCUUCUCAGGUAUGCAACGAUUGCUAAGCUGCUUGCUAGAACCACCUGCGGGGCAGCUUCGCAUCACAUCUGCCUCCACCACCAACUACACGGCAGGCCUGCUUUCAGCUGCCGCUCGCAUGUUCCCUUCAUCCCUCUUCAGCACGGGAGGCGAUGAGGUCAACGACGAAUGCUACGCUCAAGAUCCCGAGACCCAAGCUCAGCUGAACGCGACCGGUCGCACCCUGGAACAGGCAUUGGAUGUCUUCACUAAUGUGACUCACAACGCACUCGUCGCCGAAGGCAAAACCCCGGCCGUCUGGGAGGAAAUGGUCCUGGACUACAACCUUACCUCGCUAUCCAACGAGACUGUCGUCAUCGUGUGGAUUUCGUCUGCGAAUGCUGCGGCCGUGGCUGCGAAGAACUUUAGAAUCGUCCAUGCGCCUUCCGACUACUUCUAUCUUGAUUGUGGUGCUGGAGAAUGGCUCGGGAACGACAUUGGCAACAGUUGGUGUGACCCAUUCAAAACCUGGCAAAAAGCGUACAGCUUUGACCCUCUCGCCAACAUCACUGAAGCUCAGACUCAUCUCGUCUUCGGAGGACAACAACUCCUCUGGACAGAGCAGUCUGGCCCGCAGAAUCUCGACCCGAUCGUAUGGCCCCGCGCCGCAGCGUCCGCCGAGGUAUUCUGGUCUGGCCCGGGCGGGGACAGCGCGACGGCCCUUCCGCGCUUGCAUGAUCUCAGUUUCCGCAUGCGCCAGCGCGGGAUCAACGCUAUUUCCAUCCAGCCUACGUGGUGCGCGCUCCGUCCGGGGGAGUGCAACGCCCGCUCGUGA